UCAUCAACCAAAAUCUUGUUGGAUAAUACACAACUUAUACUCUGUAAAAGUCCAUAUUAGUCUCAUUACCAUGGCUAGGAUCUGUCUGAUCUUCAGCUUUGCCUUCACUGGUUUCAUAAUGUUGUCUAUGUCACAGAUUGCAUUAGGGGUUUCAAAAGUUGGUCAACUGUUACCACAGCCGGCUGAGGCAGUGGUUCUUUCCGCUCCAGGCGGACUGGCCACGGCAGAGAAGACCGGUAAUACUGAUACACAGACACCAGCUGGCGGGAUCAAAAGAGGUGGGGUCAUAGGAGCAACAUCAGCGAAAGGGUUAGUGCAGCUGAAGGAUCGUGGCGUCCAAGGGGGGAACUUAAAUGAGGCCGAGGUUUACCACCACUCGACAACUGAUCACCUAGACAUCGCAAAUGGAGGAGCGGUCGUGACGCGAGAUGUGAAUACUAAGGUGAACUUGGAAAAAGGCCAAGUGAUUACCGAAGGGAAAGCUGGAGCAAAUAUCCCAAAGGUGGCAAGCGUUAAGACAGGUGCUGCAGGGGUGAGUUCAAAGAACUCAAAGAAGGUAAAUUGGGAUUUGCCUAUGAUGUAAAAAAAAUUUAGGAGAAAGCUGCAAAGGAGGCUAGGGUCAUCUUUAUAUGUUUUCAUCCAGUUAUUGUCUUUUGAUUUUCAAAAUUUCCUAAAAUCUGCUUGUAGUUGGCAUGUUUUUACUUAUGCUCUAUUUAAAUAAAUGUAUUUGGAUGAACAGAAUUGAUUGAAUUUGGAUUAUUUUUCCUCCAAUAGCCGAAU